AUGGCGCUUCCGACGCAGCAGCCCGCCCGCACCUCCAAGUCCCCCGUCGACGUGGGAACCCUGUCCCGACACAUGCGAAACCUCUUCUCCUCCUUCAACGACAACACCACCAACAACAACAACAGCGUGCGGCCCGGCGAAUUCAUCGUCGACGACGACGCCACCCUGGCCUUGAUACGUGACAUCCAGUCCGUGUGCUACGAGAUCGUACUCGCCAGAACCGAGAACACGUCGGCCAACGCAAACCACGCCGACCACGCGACCCGCCUCGCCGACCAGCUCUGGCGCGCGACCAGCGAGCGCGAGGUGCGGUCCAUCAUGGCGCAGCUCCCGCGCGAGCCGGCGCGGCUGCGCGUGGAGCCCGCGGUCUGCGACGGGCUGGCGCAGCGCGGCAUCUACUGCUCGACAUUCGGCACGCUCGUCCGGUACAAGGGCCCCAACGACAUCAGCGACCACGGCAGCAACGACGGCAGCAACAACAACAACAACAACAGCGGGCCGCCGCCCGGCGUGCCCGAGACGGUCAGGGCCGAGCCGGACGUCGAGAGGCGGUGGGAGGCGAAAUUCGCGCGGCUCCGGUCGGCGGCCAGGUGGCGGGCGACGGCGCGGACAAAGGAGCGGGAGCGGGAGCUGGCGCUGGAGCUGGCGCGGGAGCUGGAGCAGGAGCGGGAUCAGGCGCUGGAGCGGGCGCGGGCGCUGGAGGAGGCGGUCGUUGCGCUAGGUUAG